CCAGCCAGCGAUGCCUCUUCGACCACGACCAACUCCGUCGCAGCAGAGGGCACGCUCUACGUCUCCCAACCAUACCGCUCCUCCUCCAACAAGCUACGCGCCAUGGUCACCUUCGCCCCCCGCAAGUCCCACUUCGACAUCUCCAACGAGCACAGCGGCGCCAACGAGUUCCGCGGCUUCUUCACUCUCUUCUGGAUCUCCCUCUUCCUCUUCGUCGUCAGCACAUAUGUCCGCAGCGUCGAGACAAACGGCUACAUCCUCGACUUUGAGUUCGCCACCAUGUUCUCGCGCGACGCAAUCACCCUCGCCAUCUCCGACGCUGUCCUCGUUCUCAACACCGGCCUCUGCGUCCCUUUCGCGUACGCCAUCUCCAAGGGCUGGAUCCGCUACUACUACUUCGGCAUCGUCCUCCAGCACCUCUGGCAGGCAGCUGUUCUGGGCAUGGCCAUUACAUGGACCUUCAACCGCCAAUGGCCAUGGGUCCAGUCCGGCUUCUUCACUCUCCACUCUUUCGUCAUGAUGAUGAAGAUGCACUCCUAUCUGAGCACCAACGGACAACUUGCCUACACCUACCACAAGGCCGAGAAGGUCCUCGCCCAGCUGAAGGAGGCCGCGGAAGCCGAAGGCGGCUGGGACGCGGCCCUAAACAAGGCAGAAGCGGCAAUGCUCCAGCAAGAUGCGGCUGUCCCCCAAGGCACGCCCGCUGAGCUGGAGGACACGCCAGCGGGAAGCACGACAUCGUACGUUGAUGCGCGCACGGCCGUGACGCUCCGCCAGCGGCUCGCCGCGCGCGCUGCGGCUGGCGCAAACGCUGAAGGCCCGUCCGUGAAGACGACGGGCACGCGCGUAUUGCCCCCUGGCGCGACCGCGAUCCCAACGCAUCCCCCUACUCCGUCAGAGGUCCUCGUCCAUCACCCCUCGCAGAAGAUCGCGGAGCUCGCGAGGACGCACGCGGAACUCGAGCGCGAGCUGCGGGGCCCCGUCGAAGGGCGCGUACGCUGGCCGGCGAACAUCACGCUCCGCGCGUUUGCGUGGUACCAGCUCACGCCGACGCUCGUAUACGAGCUGGAGUACCCGCGCACGGAUCGUAUCCGGCCGCUAUACGUGUUCGAGAAGACGGUCGCGUUUUUCGGGACGUUCGCGCUGCUGUACACGAUCGUGGAGACGUUCAUCAUCCCGCUCACGCCGACGAAGGAGCAGAGCUUCGCGCGCAGCUUGUUGGAUCUUGCACUGCCGUUCAUGAUCUCAUAUCUGCUCUUGUUCUACAUCAUCUUCGAGUGCAUAUGCAACGGUUUUGCGGAACUUAGCUACUUCGCGGACAGGCAGUUCUACGACGACUGGUGGAACUCGACGUCCUGGGACGAGUUCUCGCGCAAGUGGAACCGGCCGGUGCACACCUUCCUCCUCCGCCACGUGUACGCGUCGACGAUGAGCAGCUACAAGCUCACGCGCCAGAGCGCGAUGUUCGUCACGUUCCUGCUCUCCGCGGCCGCGCACGAGCUCGUCAUGGCCAUCGUCACGAAGAAGAUCCGAUUCUACCUGUUCGCUCUGCAGAUCGCACAAAUUCCGCUCAUCGCGAUCGGCCGCAUCCCCGCGAUCCGGCGGAACAAGCUGCUCGGGAACAUCGUCUUCUGGAUCGGGCUCUACGCCGGCUUCCCGCUGCUCUGCGUCGCGUACUGCGCGUACUGAACGUCCCUCCCCUACCUCUCUCUCCGCAUUCGCACACCUCCCUCCGCGCCCCUCCUUCCGCACUCCGCACUCCGCUCCCCGCUUCCGUCUCGGUCAAAACACGGACCGAGGCAGGAAGAACCCGACCAGCCUACAUACGACGACGACACCACUCAUUCACGAUCACGACCC